UCCCGGCAUGUGGUCCGUGCUGUGGGCGGCCGUGCGCUCCAAGGCCCCGUACGUCACCUUCCCGGUGGCCUUCGUGGUGGGGCUGGUGGGCUCCCAGCUGGAGUGGUUCCUGCGCGGAGACCCCCCGGCCACGGCCCAGGAGGAGAAGAGCAUCUCGGAGCAGCGAGAGGACCGCAAGCUGCAGGAGAUCGUGGGCGAGGACCUGACCAAGGUGGUGAGCCUGAAGGACAAGCUGGAGUUCGCCCCUCGGGCCGUGCUCAACAGGAACCGCCCCGAAAAAAGUUAAUAAAGGGUGAAUUGGGCAAAGGCGGUGUCCCGGAGCGGCUACUGGGGACUCCUCUGACACUGCACUGCUUCCACCAGCCUCCCUCCUGCACCUGCUGCUCCUCACCCUCCCGGGCCCUCCGCAGGGUCAGGUUUGCCCACCCCAUGGAUUUGCUCAAGGUUUGAUUUCUUCCAUGGUGUGAAGGUAGAAGAAGUUUGGACCUGAGUGCCAUGGGAUGGGGUCAGGCUGACUGCCAGUGACAGGAAGAACUGCUGCCCUGCUUCCAGAUCCCCCAUGGCUCUUGAUGAACCCCAAUACAGCCCCACGCCACAAUGUUAGUCCAGCUGCUAUGGAGCUCUUUGAGGACCCCCUCCCUGCUUCAUCCCUCCCAGGAGCGGUGACAAGGGGAGGUGGAAGUCUUAGUCCUGCUCUGCUGUGGUGCUCUGAGUGUGGCGAUGUGUCAGGAAUGGGGAGAUCUCUGCCCUCUGCACAAUAAACUUCUGUCAGUCCUUA